UUGGACGGAUGGCGGUGCAGGAGCCAAUCCUGGAGCGCCUACCAGCACGCUGGAGCCGUAUGACAUGCAUUUUUGUUUUUAAUGAUCAAGAGGGCUCCUUAAAAAUGUUUGCCGGCCUGUUUGUCUCGUACAGGGGAGCAGAGAGGUAGAGCAUAUCGCUUGGACAACCGCAGUGCAGCCAGCCCCCCUCCUCCUAAGAAGCUCGAAGCAGAGAGCCUCGCCUGAUCACAGGAGGCCACGACUCCAGCACCUUUGCAGGUAAGGUUUGAUUCCCACAAUGCAUGUGCUGAAGCUUAUUGAAAUGUCCAAAAAGCCACAGACAGCGGCUGCAGCUUUGCCUGAAAAGUGACAAAACCUUCAGAUUUAUUCAUGUGUGAGAAACUGCAGAGGACAAUCUCUCCUUUGAGCUCAGCAGCUGUAACUCAGCAGCCAUCCAUGCUGUAAUAGAGAGGAACAUUUUAGCUGUUUCAUUGUUCACUUUUGUGGCUCCACUUGAUAUUCUGAUAUUCAUAACCAAAGUCUUAUUUUCACAGUAAUCCCUGAAAAGCUCUAUUACAGACUGUCCCCAAUCCUUUCUUUUGGCUUCAGCCAGUUUAAAGAGGAGCUCUCUCUCUCUCUCUCUCUUUGUUCACUUUGCAUUGUCUUCUCAUUUCCAUUUCUAACAAUUUGCUGGAAACUCUCAGCAAAACAAAAAAACAAGAAGAAGCAGCAGGAAUAAAUCCAAUUCGAGCUGCUUUGUUAUUUGACAUUAUGAUGCUGGGAGUUCAUAGUGUGUAAUCCAUCUUUUGAUGCUGUGUUCAGUGAAAACUGUUUCUGUCUUUUUUCUCAGGAAACACAUUCAACUAAAAAUGGCCCGUGUUGGACGACCAUCAUUUUUCCUGAUUCACACAGGACUCCUGCUGGCUAUUGUUUUAUUACCAGGUGAGAUUUCAUUUUCAGAAAUAAUUGAAAUGGGACUUCAUCUGAACUCUAAUGUAGAAGGACACUUACACACAUGAAGAAAAACAACCACCAUUACAUACGAGUAACAGCAAACGCAGUGACAAGGUUAUUUAUGUAAUUAUGAAGAUUUUACUUGAACAUAAAUCGUUUGGUGAACCUUUUCUAAUGACAACUAAACUUUGAGACACAAUUUAGACCACAAGGACCAGUUUGUCUCCACCUUUCCCACCAGUAAGCCAUUAUUCAUCAGUCUAGUCUUGCAACCUCUUGAUGCAGGUUAAGCGUUUCAUCUCAAAUGCUCAAAGCCGGAUGUUUCUCUCUGAAAUAGUUUUCGCCUCUCAGAAUAUUUUGUUUGAAAGCUAUUCAACUUUCUCGUGAGCGAGAGGAAACUGAAGGAAUCAGUGAUUUACAUUGAAAAACAGAGCAAAGGUUUGACCAAGACUCAAACUUUUUGGAUCAAUAAUUUUGUGUUUUUGAUUUUAGAAGAAAGACGCACAAAAAAACACACCUAAAAGAAAAACAGUAAAUGGAUAAUGGUAUUAAUAAAAUGCAACUACCACUUUAAGUGUGUAAGAGAAGAAUUAUAAAGUAACUGACACAUGUUUAUUUAAGUGACAUGGUUGUUUGCUUACCUAUAAAUACUGUAAAUGUUGUAAUACUUUUACUUAUUCAGUUUUUUAAACUUUAAAUUAAAUUAUCUCAGGGUUUCUUUUACAUGUACCUAGAGAGAGUCAGACCUCACAAUUUAAAAGCUCUCCGGCCUAAUUUCUCAGUUAAAGACACCACUUUGCUCCAAUCUCUUGAAACAAAAACAUGAUGCAGAAGCAGCCCGUCGGUGCUUUAAAAUCAUAAGACUUUCCUCACUGCCCCUCUGGGAAACUUUCCACAUUAAUAAAUGUAAAGGUCUGGAAGUUUCUGCCAUAAUCAGCUGACUUGGCGGCUUUUUCUGAAGUCAUAAACUUCUAAAGAAAACCCCUGGUGGAGCAGAAGACCCCGCAGACGUGGAGACAGGGAUGCACUUAGACACGUCCCCUCCCUCUCACUAUCCACAUUUACAGUUUAAGGGUAAUUGGUUUGUGUGAGGGCCCGCUCUUUGUAGUUUUACAGGUAAAAGAGGCCCCCAGUAUUUGCACAACCUCUACCAGUCUGGUUCAAAGUCUUACUGAGUGUACAAAGGUCUGGGUGGGGGUCUGCAGGAAGAAUUUGGGGUGUUAAAUCUGCAGGAUGCUGCUUAUGCUGGGGCGCCAGAGCCCCAGCACCUGCCGGGUUUCACCCAGGGGCUUAUUAGCAGCUCAGCGUUUUCCCUGUUGUGGAGAGAAAGCUCAACAUCUGGUCUCAGUCAGCUAAUGUCCCUGCUGCUGCUGCUAAUGUGGCUCCUGCUCCUUUAUUUUCUUUUUACAGAGUUUCUGGGGGCCGUUCCAGUGGAGCAGCUCAAAGAGGAGGAAGGUGAGGACCUGAGACGUGGCAUGUGGGGGACAUGUUGACUUUUUUAAGCCUCUGAGAUAAAAGCUAUGUGAAAUGAAAUUACUGUAAAACUUGAUAGUCAUCAUUAGCAAACACUAGUAUUCCGCCUUCACAUUUACAUUUACUAGUUUUGGUAUGGUAUAAAUUGAUAUGAUGUGCAAAAGCAAAUUCAAACCAUUUUUGACAAAAUUAACAACUUCUUUAUUGCAAAUUUUAUUGCCUUUGAGGGGGGAGAUACGCUGAAAAAACAGCUUUGUGUUGAGGGAUAAAUCUCACUUUGAAAAGACAAAAGAAGGAAUUUUUUUGUCACUGAGCACUACUUUCAAAGAUGAGACAAAAUUACCAACAAUAUCAGUUAUCACUUUGUCCACAGGGGGCGCCAAAGUCAACACAGACAAACAGUUCCUUACAGGAGAUUUAAAAAGACUCUUUAAAAAGUAGUUUGUGACUUUUUAAGCCAGUGUUUGGCUUUUUUUCCUCUGUGCUUUGAAUUGAAACUGUUUAAUAACAAACUUACUUGUGUUGUUGAUUUGUCAGUUUGACCCUUUGUGAAUGAUCUAGUGUUUUCAUUUCUGGUUUGCAGAGACACUGAGAGAAACUUUACCUUGGGCAAAACUUCAUGAAUUUGUAAUGUUUUGUUGCUUUAUUCAUUCUAAGUUGUUCCUGCAGAGGUUAGUCAAACCUGGUAGAGUCAGAAUAUGAUGUUCUUCAUUUAUUUGUAGGAUGAAUCAAGGAACAUCAAGUCCAUGUUAUUAAAAAACAAAACUUAUCUGGUAAAAACAGAACAAAAAAGAAUGAAAAACACCAUUUUAGACAAACAAGUCCAACACAGUAACCACAUAUGUACAGAAUUAUUUUGUAUUUUAGAAAAUACAGGAGGCAGGGGAUUUGCUGACUUACAGGAAGACAAAGCAAAGCUAUAUGAAAAGGAAGAGGCAGCAGCUCACUGUAGGUUUUUUUGAUUGGCUGUUCAAGUGCUGAGGGCUGGCAUUGUGACCUUAAAGCUGCUGCAAGGAACUUUUGUGACAUUUUGGCUCUGGCGCCCCCCUGUGGACAAAGCGAUAACUCUCAAUUUUGGUCCUUUGUGUGUGAAAAUAGUUUUCAGACAAAAACCUCUUCCUGUAAUUCUUUAAGAGUGAAAUGUAACACUCACUGUGAGUAUUUGCCACCGGAAAAAAUGUAAAAAGAUGUAUUUUUUCAGCCUGCCGUCAAUCAUCUGGUCAGAUAUUUACCUCCUCACAUCAUUUUGAAGCAUCAAAAAUAACAACAGAUUAGUUUCAUUUGCAAUGAAGCAUCUGUAUCAGUUUCAGUCUAUUUUUCAGUCUUUUAAAAACUCCUCAUAGUACCUUUACGAUAAAGCAUUGACCUCUUGUGUUAGAAUUAAGCUGAUGUCUAACUGCAGUUCCUCAAAUGUCCUCUAGAGGCUGGUCCAAAAAGCCAGGAGAACCCUAAUAGAUCCCAUGUUGAUUUGCCAGUUUUUACAUCAGGAUAAAACAUGUUGGUCUAACAGCUCACUUUUUAGUCCUACAUGUUGUACACUACAGGGGUGAAUUUAUUCAUGACAACUUUGUCUGGAGUUUAUCACGGCUAAGAGUUAUAGAUAAGUUUGCAUCAUUAAAAGUGUUGCUGAGCUGACUGAUAGUUGCAUGUGUUAAAAAAUGCUCAGAGGUUUCAGCUGUUUAUAGACCACUCCAUUUAUGGUUAGGUUGAAUCAGCUUUUCAAGAUGACAAACGCUUUCACUAAGUUUUAUAACAACUCCUUAGAAAUAAAUAGGUGACCUAAAAUAGACAUUUUUAGACGUGCUUAUAAAGUCUGUGCUUCAGAACGACCAAGACUGGCUGUGACUCUUAUUUUUUUUCUCCCUAUUAGCUCACUUUAAAUAUACCUUAGUAACUAUACCAGUUUUGACAUAUUUGAUUCAUGUUUCACGGUUAAUUUCCUCAGUAUAUCAGUGAGUUUGUACCAUAAAUACCAGUAUAUAAAUAUAGAAAGUAGCAUAAUGUGAUUCAAUAUAGCUGUAGCUAAGAUAUCUAAUAUUUUCUGUUCAUGUGGUUUGUAAAUUUUUGCACCAACACCCUUAAUUGAGUACAUUUUCUUCCCCUCAGUGCCCGCAGAAGCAGAAGCCAUGGUCCGUAACAGGAGGAACCUCCCCCUCCCCGUCCCCGUCAUGGCUGUGCCUCAGUUCAAACGUGUGCCGGAUUUCUGGGGAUGGUACAAGUAUUUCAUGGACAGCCACAACCAGGAGGGAGUGAGUGGAGUUUGUUUCACAUUAAUUAUUCAGUGUCUCCCAGCUGGGACUCUGAGCCACAACAUGUUUUCUUCUUCCCCUUCAGCAACGAGGCAACAAUCAAGUUCUGCUCUUUUUUUUUGAUCAUAGAUGCACUCAACAGUUUUCACCCAAACACACAGAUUAAAACUUCUGUUUGAUGCAGGCUUCUUAUUUUCCUCUGAAAUAAAUACUUUAUUUCUCAGGCCAUGGUUAAGCUAAAGUCUUAAUAUGCCAUCUCACUCUUUGCUGAGUUACUCUGCGAUGCGAGUCAUGUUCCAGCAGAGAGAGAGAGAGAGAGAGAGAGCGCUCUGUGGCUUCAGAGUCAGCACUGUGGUUUGAGUAUAAAAAACACAGAGCGGAGAAAGUACAUAUACUCCUCCUCAGAGAGAUGUUCUUCUAUCAGGGGCUUUGUUUAAAUUUUUACUGUUUUAUUUUUAGGUUAUCUGAGCUCUCCACUGCAUAAAGAUGGUAUAGUUUCAGAGUAAAUGUAUUCAUCUGCGUCCUCUCUCUGCUUUCUAGUUGGAGGAUCUGGAUCGUCUGUACAUGGCCUUCCUGCAGAACAAGCACAGGUCAGAGGAGGGUCCUAGCUUCAACCACUACCUCAAGCACCUCAGUGAAAUCUACAAAACCUGUGCUGACUCUGAUGACCCAGAGUGCAUCGCUGAGUCCACCAGCAAGCCAAAGGCUGCCGUUGUGAUGCCCGCCCCCAUCAAGUCUGCUGCAGUCAGGAUGUGCAACCCUUACCUCGACCCCUACUGCCUCUUCCCUCUCCUCUCCAAGGUGGCCGCCCCUGAACCAGAGCCAGCUCCAGCCAAGGUCCCAGCUCCCAUCCUGACCCCAUUCCUGCCUAUGCCCCUGAAGAGCCCCACUGGCUUCUACUACUACGCCCCUGUCCUGGAGCCCUUCCUGAGUCCUGAGCAGAGGACUGAGCUGCUGAGGAUCUGCAACGCUGAAGAUGUGGAGUGCCUGCAGUAUCACCUGAGGGCAGCUUACGGUUAUCGCCCAGCUCCUGGCCCAGCCCCAUCCUAUGCUGCGCUUAAAUGUGAUCCCAAGAACCCCUACUGCAUGCCAACCCUGGUCCACAAAGCCCCCACUGGCUUUUACCACCUGCUGUACCCCAGCUGUGACCCAACAGUCGAUCCUCUGUGUGUGACCAACGUUGCUGCUCCUGCUCCCCUGGCCGGAGAGGAGCCUCCUAAAGAGCAACACUGCAACCCUCUCUUUGACGCCGGCUGCAACCCUCUGACCGCCACCAAACUGUCCGGCCUCACCAAACCCGUGCUGGAGUACCCCCUCAAAGAUGAGCCUGCACCCGCUGCUGCUGCUGCUGCUGCUGCUGCUGCUGCUGCUCCUCUGUCCUGCGACCCUCAAUUAGACCCAUUCUGCAUACUGGCAGCUGCUGCUGCCCUACGCAAGCCUGCUCCACAGAUCCCCGAACACCAGGUCUGAAAAGUCCGGCUUCUUGGAUUACAUAGCUCAGUUUUUAAAGGAAUAAUCUAAUGUAAUCUUGCUUUUUAAAUGUUUUCUUCCUUUCAUUUAGAUUAUUAAAUGAUGUAUUGAAAUGAAAAGGGUGUUGCAUGAUGCUUUCAUUUGCUAUCUUCUUUUGCAUCUUUCUUUUAAACAAAAACAAAUCAAUCGACCAACCAACCAGGUCCGCUACAAGCUCGGCGUCCCCGGCAAGACCAAGGAUGGCCACGACUGCUAUGUGCACUAUGACAAAGACUGCAUCCCGGUGAAGUCUGGCUCAGUGGCCAAGGCCGACAUCAAGGCUCCAGCCAAGCCAGCCUGCCACCCGUUCGACCCCAACUGUGGAAAGUUUGCUAAACCCUCUGGUGUUGUGGCCUCAAAGCCCAGCAAGGACGGCAUAAUCCUGCCUGACCCCGACUGCGACCCCGAGUUUGACUACAACUGUCGGCUGCGACGCGCUGAGCCUGCAGAAGCUGCUGACGAGCCGGCCCCCGCUGCUGCUGAGGAGGACGUUGCAGAUGAACCCGCCAAGGAGGCCGCUGUGCCGCGUUUUGAAGACUUCCUCAGAGGCAUCAUGAGCCAGCACAAGUAUAUCUGAGAGAUAACAGCAUCAACACCUGCUGCGUGGUCUUCCUACCGCAGAUAGAGCUCACCUUGAAGUUGCCAGUUUUCAUAGAUUUCAUGAACUUUUGAUUGAAAUCAUUCAUAAUCUUUUCAUAAAGGGGGAACACCUCCAGGGGGCUUUUUAACAUAUUACAGCAUUAUGUGAAACUUGUGGAUUAAACGCUUCAUGUAUGUAUGUUUGUAGAAAAGAGUCUUAUGUAUAGAUGUGUUAUAGUGUAGGGGUAGUUUGAAUUUUUGUCACUGGGCAAGCAUUUCCCUGUGUUGUACAUUCUGUGUUUCCAUUUGAGAUAGCCAAAGUGUAUUUAAUGUUGUUUUCCAUAUUUUUUCUGCAUCUUUAAAACUCAUAAAACUUCAUCUGUUUAGUUUUUAUAAAGUUAUAAAUAAAGGAUUUAAAAACUGUGAAAAUUUUUAUUUUUUUUACACAAGUGAAACCUUUUACACACCAACCCAUCUGCCCAGAAACUUCAGAUUAUAGUAUGAAACCUAAUACCAACAGCUAAAAAAAAAACCCUACAAUUUGGAGUCCACUCUUUUAGUGAACCCUUUAACACAGCAUAACAGCCCAGAUGUUACAAGUUACAUGUAGCAGUGCACAAGCCUUAGUGUGCCAGAUGGCGUGUUGCACGUACACCAGUUUAUGCUCCAACAUUAUAAAAAUGCUUAUCCCAGCUACAUCUGCUUAUUUAUAUGUGGACAUAGUUACCAAAGAGAUGUUUUGCAUGGUAGUUCACCCCACCGCAAACCCCCUCAUGAAUAAUAAAUGCAUGAAUGCAAGUUUUUGAAUAAAUUCGUAGGAAUAGUAAAUGCAGAGAUCGAGACGGGGAUUAUGUGCAAUGAUAGAGUCAGUGUCCCAGCAGCUGUCAUACCAAAUGUUCUUCUAAUAUAUAUAUAUAUUUUUUUCAUUUUAAAAUGAAAAAAAAAAUCUCCAAAUUUUUAAUGAGUAUGCAGAAUAAUUAGCAGAAGUUUUCAGCCUAGAGUAGGAAGAGUAACAGUGCAAAUGGAUUUGUCAGGCUGCAAACUU